UUUGGACCCAUUAACGCUAAGUGAUUAGAUCAAUUGAAAGAGAUGCCACUACAAAGGACAAACGGGUGUUUAUUCAGUAUAGAUACAUCUUUAACACCCCAGAUAUAUCCAAAAUUCAUCUAAGUCACCACCAUGCAUCUUCUCCCCCUCCUCCUCUUACUCCUCCUCCCCACAACCCUAGCCCAAACCUCCGGCUGCGUCCAAAACGAAAACUGCACCUCCUGCGGCUGGUACUGUAACCAAGGCUGCGACGCCCUCCUCGACCGCGCCGAAUGCAGCCGGUGUCUGUACUGCCGUCGCGAAAGCUCUUCUUGCGGCUUCAUCGAUAUCGCAGAUACGUGGACUACGGACCCGCCUAGUGCAGAGAUGUGCGAGGCUUGUGAUUUGGGAUGUUGGUGUCAUGGUGAUUGGUAUUGUAUGGAUGGGACUACGGAACCACCGCCUGGGAGCCCGCCUACGGAGACGGAUAGGGUGGGGUGA